GCUAGUUUGAAGGCCGGUAAAGUCAAUACUGCUGCAGCGGGCGGAAGCUUGUUCGCUUGCAAGCAGAUCUCCUUCACUCAACCUUUCCCGGGUGGAAAAGAAGUGAAAGUCUUAGCCUCAUUUGGCCACGCAGUUAACAACUCAACUCAUUCUAAUGGUGCUGCUAUUUGGGUGGAAUCGGAGGAUGCAAACCAAUUCCGCGCUUGCGUCUAUGAAUACAGCGACGGAUCAAACAAAACAGCGGAAUUUAAUUGGGUCGCAAUGCAAUCUGCACCAUCAGGAGCGCAGUUAGGAAGAACCCUCUUGGACUCCUGGACUACUGGGACAGAAUGCAAAAGGAUCGACUUUCCCCAGGUUAGCUUUUGUUGUCGUUUUUGUUGUUGUUGUUUGUUUGUUUGUUUAAUACUGUUGUUAAAAUAGUGACGAGAUAAAACUGAAUAUAACAAAUAACAUUAUUCGCUGCAGCGACUCCGGACGUAAAAAUUUAAGGAUUAACCCUUUAAGCCCUAAGAGUGAUCAGCAUCAAUUUUCUCCUUGAAAUAUCAAUGCUUUGUAAAACAGUGUGGUCAUGAGAAUUAAGGACAUGAUCACACAAGAUGAAAAUAACUGAUACUUCAACAAAUUCUCCACACUAAUUCUAUUGAAAACGUAUAGGGAUAACACACGAGAAUUUGAAUUUUGAUGUUAGGGUUUAAAGGAUUAAAACGGUGAGAGAUUUUCUGCGGGUCGAGGUGGGCUGGCUUAAAAGCGAAGUGAAGUUUAAAACUACCGUAAAAUUCCGAAAAUAAGCCCCGGGGCUUAUAUUUUUCAAAGGCCCUUUGAGGGGCUUAUUUUUGGAGGGGCUUAUAUUCGGAGGGGCUUAUCUACCGAGGGAAAUUUGCGUUUCAAACUCGAUAGCGCUAGCCUUAUAGUUGGAAGUAAAUUUACCAUUUUUUCUUUGCUUUUCGUUGUAUUUGAGGGCAAUUUUCUAAGUACAAGCCCCUAGGGGAGCCUAUAUUUGGAGAGGCGAUUUAAUGGAGGGUUUUUUGCGUUACCGGUUUGGGGCGCUUAUAUUUGGAGGGGCUUAUACAUGGAGGGGCUUAUUUUCGGAAUUUUACGGUAACUGUACUGUAAGCCAGGAAAAUGGGCAGCUCCAGAUUUAUUUACCGAAGUGGAUUAAAUGGUUUCAUUUUAUUGCUUUUGACUUCGCGAUUUAUUAAUCUUGCUUGAGAUGUUCCGAUGUACAACAAUGUUGUUGUGCAUGCAUGACGCCACGUUUAUAUAUGGCAUUCGGCCACCCCGGCCUUACCCGUAUCGGGAAAAUUGGGACAGAUGUCAAUCCACGACAUAUAUUUUGUUUCUAGUUGUUUUAUGACAUAUUUUAAAAGAACUUUUAUGAAUAUGAAGUUGACACUUGACACUGAGACCUUGAAGGCUGUUGAUAUACUGUCUUUUAAUUAUACAAACUUGAGGAUUUUGGAAAUAGGAGGGUUAUUAAAUGUUGAUCGACAUUCCCGUUUUUUUUAUCAUAUUUUCAGUCUUAAAGAGAUAAAUGCAUAAAAAGUAAAACGUUCUUAAAUUUUUUUUAAAUCUGAGGAAUAUUGGCUUAUACUGAAUGCCCCUAUACUCAUCAAACUUGGCAAAUUUCGCUAAAUUAAAAUUAAACUUGCAAUCCCUCCAUAAACCAUUUUAAGGUAAACAUAAAUAAUAUUUUCAGGAAACAAAACUGUAAUCCUUCGUUUCUGGCAUUUUGUUUUGGAAUAGUGUCUACUUUUGACACUUUUCUAAGAUAGUCAACUGAAGACGGCCAAAAGUUCAUGGAAGUAUUAUUUUAAACUUUUUCCGGUCACGUGAACUAUUAGUGUACAUUUUCCUGUAUUAUCUAAACUUCCACUUAAAUUUAUCAAUACUUAUCCAUUAAAAUAUAUUCCAAUGACCUAUCCCUUUGAUUUAAUUUACAAGCAAUCACUCAUUCUAUUUAUAGUCAUUACUAAACACUGGUCAGUCAUUCAUUCCUAUUUAUACAUAUAAUCUACCUAUUGAUGGUUUUCACGGUGACGUCAUCAGAUUGCAAAGUCAAAAAAGCGAGGUUUUACGAAUUCUUAUUUACACCAGGUUGAAGAUUAAUAGGAAAUAAAUCUUUGUACAAGUUUCCAGCCCCGAAGCAUGUUUCAUUUCGAAAAUACAGCAGUUUGAACUUCCGAGUUUUCACAGUGCGUGACAACAAAAUAGGAAUGCUAUCUCCUUGAAAAAAGUCUCUCCGCUUGAUUUUCAGCAGUUUAACCAUUUCAAGUAUUAGAAGAUAUGUUUAUGCGCAAGUAUACUAGUUCUCGAGCGAAAAGGAGGAGCUUUUAUAGAAAAAGUGAACUCCAGAUGUUUUUGUUGAUUUCCGGCGGCCAUAUUGGUGGACAGUUUCUGUCCACCAACAUGGCGUCUCCAUACAAAGCUCUACAAAGGUGCGUGAAAUGUUUCGGCAACUAACUCAGAAACUGUGGGCCACAAAGACCUGAGAUUUGGACAAGUAGUUUAUAUAUUAGUCUUUUAUAACAUUUCAUUUUCUUGGCUUCUUCCACUGGACGGUUUCAAAUGUAUUCUUUUGUGCCGUGUUUAUUGCGUGACAGUGAAAACGAAGAAUUGUCAAUUACAUAUAGCAAUUGUAUCCUGUUGUCUUGCCAGGAGCGAAGUGUUCAUAUCCGCACAUACGCCCGUGCGUACAGCUGAAAUCUUUUUUUAGUACCUGAAAGCACUUUAUCAUAAAACCGGGAUGACAGAUAUAUAUAUUUUUUUCGCAUUAUAUUGGAGCCCUUUUUUAGUAUUUCCUUCGUCCUCAUUGUUCUAUCAACGGCUCACUGCAAGAAACGUUAUAGUGAGUGAAAGAAGAGAGAUUAAGCUCUCUUGCAAUUCUUGCACAUACACAAGCACAAGGACAUUAAUUGAUAUUGAUGGCGUUGUAACAGAGUUUGACCGUCUGAAGGGUAGACGUCUUGCCCUUUGCUUGUAACCUCUUUGACUGUUUUACUUUUUACCCCGUUAACAUUUUAUCUUACCGAUAACACUUGAGAGGGGUUAAAAAAACAACGGACUACUGCAUUUUUCCUCCGUGUUUAUUUGCUGAAAGUGUUCCGCGGAAAACGUAGGAAAUGGCGUUUCUGGGAUGCCCCCAGGUUCUUCUAGUUAGGAGCGCCUUCGGUACAUUAACUUACCUUCCCGCGUGCGCACACCUUUAAAUCUCACACCAUUCCAACUACCUUGUCAGCUCGUUACUAUUCCUGAUUUAUACGUUCGUUCUGAUUUCUUCCUAGCGUUUCCAGUCCCUUCCAACUAUACUUGUGACUCCUAGUCACCAGGUUCCAGAGCGACCUCAGGAUGCCAUGGCCGUGUGGGUGGAGGACUUGACCCAAAGCAGUUUUAAAAUUUGCCUCCGAGAAGUAAAGAUUUUCGACGGUUUUCAUCAGAACAUUAAAGUUGUGAGUAAAUUUGACGUGCUUGUCUAUCAUUAAAUUCCAAGUUCUUCACUUUAAAGCAAAUAAACCCCACUAAAAUGUCUCUUUUAAACAUUAAAAUGAGUCUUACAAUUAGCCUGUUCUUGGUGUUCAGAUGUUGGAGGGGAGCGAGUUAAAUCGUACGCCCUCGCUCUACAAUAUGAACGCCUGGGACACUCAGGCUAUAUUUCUAAAAAUGGAGAUGUGUAUAGCGAGAUGCAAGAGUUGGUCACCAACUAAUAAAGUAAAUUGUUUAUUUUUUAUUACUGGUAUAGACAGGAGAAGUCUAACCACCACCCACUUUUCUGUCCGGCUGAACUAGAGAGGCUUUUUAACCAGCUGUUUACUCGUAGGUCACUAUUCUUCUUCGUUUUUGAAACGAAAAAGCUUAAAUUACCAGGGGCUCACACAGCCUGGAGACACUUAUUUGGCAAAUUCACCAGUGAAAAUGAUAACCCGAAGUCCUUUUUCGUAUGUUCUUUUAAGCAGAACUGGAUGGCAUUUACCAAUUUGAGGGUUCAAAAUUUUACUUUGGCUGAUAGUUUGGCGUUUACCAACAACAGAUCGUUAUCUCGAUCGCAAUAA